AUGGAACGAUAUUUUAAGAGAAAGUUUUCAUCAACUACCUCUAGUUCAGAUAAUGUGGGUAGUUCAAGUGUAAGAGAUGUGGGUAUUUCAAGAGAUGUGGUGGGUAGUUCGAAAGAAAGUGAGUUGCAAGAUGUAUUGGCUAAUCUUCCUGCAGACCCUGGACUUCGACCUCAAAUGUUGGAUUAUGAUCCUAACAUUCGAGACGAAGUUCGAAGAGCAUAUCUACAGAAGGGUCCAUGUCAACCUAAGGAUCACACAUUUCCACAAACCGAUCUUUCAGGGUAUGAUCGACGCUUUAAUGUCAAGUGGUUUGAUGAGUUUGACUGGUUGGAGUACAGUAUUAGUAAAGAUGCUGCAUUUUGCCUUUAUUGUUAUCUCUUCAAAUCCAAUUUCAAAAUUGGUCAAGGCUGUAGCGAUGUCUUCACCGAGGUGGGUUUUACAAAUUGGAAGAAGAAAGAUAAAAUUAGGCAACAUGUUGGAGGUGUUGGGAGUGUUCAUAAUCAAUCUAGACAAUAUUGUGUGGAUCUUAUGAAUCAAAAGCAACACAUCCAAACAGUUUUGAUAAAGCAAUCAGACCAAGCUCGCAUUGAUUAUCGUAUUUGCUUGACAGCUUCUCUUGAUUGUGUGAGAUUUUUGUUGAAGCAAGGUCUUCCUUUUCGUGGCAAUGAUGAGAGUGACACUUCAAACAACAAGGGGAAUUAUGUAGAACUCUUACAAUUUCUUGCUGAUCAUGAUGAGAAAGUUAAGGCUGUUGUGUUAGAAAAUGCUCCAGGGAAUCUCAAGCUCAUAGCUCCAACAAUUCAAAAAGAUCUUGUGAAUGCUUGUGCAACUGAAACUAUUAAGAAAAUCAUUAAGGAUAUGGAUGGUGCCUUCUUCUCCUUAUUAGUUGAUGAAUCACGUGAUAUAUCAGAAUGGGAGAUCAAUGGUUGA